UCUCCCUCCAGGCAUUGGUGAGGCAGCCUGUCAAUCAGCGCUCGGGCGGCAGCCCCCCGCGCAGGGGCUCGGCGAUGCCAGCCUUCGCGACAGGCGGCAGUGGCGGCGGCGACGGCGGCCACGGCACAGACAGCCACCCUCCCACACGCGCGCACUCGGGCAGAGCCGGCGGGCGGGCGGCAGAGGCACCCUCGGAGCCCGGCGCCGGGCGCGGAGGGGGCGUGCGACCCGGGACCUGCCCAGAGGCGCAGAAUGGAGGAGGAGAUGCAGCCGGCGGAAGAGGGGCCCAGCGUCCCCAAAAUCUACAAGCAGCGCGGCCCCUACAGCGUCCUCAAGACAUUCCCCAGCAAGAGACCGGCGCUGGCCAAGCGCUACGAGCGACCCACCCUGGUGGAGCUGCCGCACGUGCGGCCGCCCCCGCCGGCCUUUGCGCCGCAAGCCGCGGUCUCCAUCAGCAGCAGCGAGCCGCCGCCGCCACCGCAGCAGUUCCAGGCGCAGAGCUCUUACCCACCCGGGCCCGGCCGGGCCGCCGCCGCCGCCUCGUCGUCAUCUCCGUCCUGCACGCCCGCUGCGUCCCAGGGCCACCUGAGGAUCCCAGCGCCGCCGCCCGCGGCCCCCGCCGCGUCGUCGUCCUCAUCUUUCGCCGCCGUCGUCAGGUACGGCUCGGGCCCGGCGGCAGCCGCCGCGGGCAGCAGCAGCGCGGGCGGCAACGGCGCCAGCCUGGAGCUCAGCGCAGAGAGUCGUAUGAUCUUGGACGCCUUUGCUCAACAAUGCAGCCGAGUCCUUAGCCUCUUGAAUUGUGGAGGAAAGCUUCUGGACUCCAGCCAUUCUCAAUCCAUGAUUUCUUGCGUAAAGCAGGAAGGCUCAAGUUACACUGAAAGACAGGAGCAGUGCCCUGUUGGCAAAGGGGUCCACAGUCAGACCUCAGACAAUGUAGACAUAGAGAUGCAAUAUAUGCAAAGGAAACAACAGACUUCUGCCUUCUUGAGGGUUUUCACUGACUCCCUGCAAAAUUACCUGCUCUCCGGGAGCUUUCCGACUGCAAACACCUCCUCGGUCAGUGAGUAUGGCCACCUGGCGGAUGUGGAUCCUCUAGCAACGUCCCCCGUGCACACACUAGGUGGCUGGACCUCCCCAGCGACAUCUGAAUCCCACGGUCACCCAUCCUCUUCUACGCUGCCUGAGGAAGAAGAAGAGGAGGAAGAGGAGGGCUACUGUCCUCGAUGCCAAGAGCUGGAGCAGGAGGUGAUUUCACUGCAACAAGAAAAUGAAGAGCUCAGAAGAAAGUUAGAGAGCAUCCCAGUGCCCUGCCAGACCGUUUUAGACUACCUGAAGACGGUGCUUCAACACCACAACCAGCUCAUGAUCCCACAGCCAGCCGACCAGCCGGCCGAGGGAAGCAAGCAGCUGUUGAACAACUAUCCUGUCUACAUAACGAGCAAACAGUGGGACGAGGCUGUAAAUUCUUCAAAGAAAGACGGGAGGCGGCUCCUUCGAUACCUCAUCAGAUUUGUUUUCACGACCGAUGAGCUUAAGUACUCAUGCGGCCUUGGGAAAAGGAAAAGGUCAGUGCAGUCAGGAGAGACAGGUCCUGAAAGACGCCCUCUGGAUCCAGUUAAAGUAACAUGCCUCCGAGAAUUCAUUAGGAUGCACUGCACCUCCAACCCCGACUGGUGGAUGCCCUCGGAGGAACAGAUAAACAAAGUGUUCAGUGACGCCGUGGGUCACGCCCGGCAGGGGCGGGCAGUGGGGACUUUCCUGCACAACGGAGGCUCAUUUUAUGAAGGGAUCGAUCACCAGGCUUCCCAGGAUGAAGUCUUCAGUAAAAAUUCCCAGGAUGGGUCUGGUGAUUAGUGGACAGAAUCUUUCCACACUAGCAGCCGGUCCUCUCAAGAGUUCCAGUUGUGAAUGUUCUGUUACCAUCACUUUAGAAUCCAAAGCAUGUCACUCUGUCACAUCCUAACAGAGUUAAGGUUUACAUAUCCUAAACCUUAACUCUUGACCUAACUGCCACAGUUCCUAGUACAAACCCAUUUUAGGGUUGUUUGGGAAGUCUGUGGAGCCUACAGAGAUUUUCAGAAUAUUACAUUAUACAAAGAAAAAAUGACAAUUGAUUUUAAAUGAUGACUAGUUAGACGGUGAGGGUGAGGAAAGAGAGGUGAGCUCCUGGUCACCUGUCUGAAAUCUUCAAGUCAGCUGUUUCCUGAGCAGAGCUGGUCCCCACAGAGAUUGGGUUAGUGUUCCUGCCCAUGGGAGAAGGUAGAGACAUGGCGUUAUCUUAAGGGACAGGGAAUAAGCAUUCUCUUAACUUAAUUCAAAUAAGUUGUCUUUAUGUUUUCCAAAGACUUGAAUUUAUACUUCUCAGCAAAGACAUAGGAUAGGUGACAUUGCAUGCUGUGUCUACAUUGACAGAGCCUGUUAUUAAAAAGAAACCAGAGAUCAGAAGCCACCUGUAGACAAUGAUUAAUUGGGAGUCAGCUGUUAUUUUUACCACAAAAAAAAAUUUCUACUCUGUUGAUCGGGAAGGCACUAUAUGAUCUCUGAAGUUAACAAACAGUAAUAGUUUUCACUGUAUCAGUCAAGAAACAUCCAAAGAUUCAAAACCAUUUUCAAAUGCUUGAUUUUGUAAGUUCACAGAUCCGCAGUUUCCAUAGCCUUAAAUCGGGCUUUGUUGACACAAUGCCAAAGUGAUGGGUUGAACAAUGAGAAUUUCAGUCAGUUUGGUGCACUGAGGACCAAACAAGUGAUGUGACUGAUGGUAUUCACUGAAUUGACCAGAUGUUCUGGAAUUGUAUACACACAGCUUCAAGGCCAUUCUGACAACUAUGCAGUGGGCUUGUCUGUAAUUUCUCAGAAAUUUGAGGGUCUUUUUGUGCUGAGUUGAUCUUUAGAAUUUGCAUAAAUCUUGUUUCUUGUUGUCACCGAUGGAAAUGUUUCAUCCCAACUGCUGUGUGCCUCCUUCCCGCCAGUAUUCCCGUGAACUACUGGCUCUGGCUGAGUUAGCAGUGACCACUCCCACCCACUUUCCCUGGUUUAAUUUGUUGAGCUUCAUCUGUGAAGUUAGUAGUAAUAUCUUUGGAACCAUUUCUUAUCAGCAGAUGCUCUAGAGAUGCUAGAAUCUAUUUCUGAGUGCUUCAGGUUUGGGUGGGAGGGGAGGCUUCCUUUAUCACCCUAAUCCAGAUGUCUGCAUUCUUUGUAGAGUUGAGGGCUAAAUGGACAGCUGUUAGUGAAGGCUGCUAAUGUCAUCUACAACCAUGACUAAGGGUUUUGAAAAUGGGUUGGAAAUUCAUUUGAAGUUUAUGAGCAUCCAUGCAUAAAGAGGGUUUUUUGCCACUUUUUGACAAAGUGAAAUAAUAAAUUACCCUUUAUCUUCUAUAAUUAGCAUCAACUCUGUGCAUGACCCUAGCAAUAGGUCCUUCUUUAGCUUUUGUUAUGAUUAUUAGUUUCGCCCACUGAAAAGUUUGUUUAUAGAGAUGGUCAUUUGUCAGAUCUGUUCAAUGGUAUGGGGAGAACUAAUAUUUCAAUCCUGUUUUGGAGCAACUUAGCUAAAAUUUGCAAGUAAAGGAAAAGAUAAGGGCAAAUGCAGUGCUUCUGGGAACGAUGAGACUAGUAUCUUUGGCUAUCCAAGGAAGAAAGAUACUCCCUGAGGAGUUUUCAAGGUCUAGGAAGUCAAUAUCUUAUAAGAAUCUUUGGUGACAUGAAAUCUUGGCCAGGAGAAAAAUACCACCGUAAACUCACCUGUCUUUCCAUCUUACUUUUCCUUUCUUUGCAUUGGACUUUAGUUAUCCUUACUGCUGAGUUCACUGUCCUUUUUUUUCUAUAGCAGCAAUAUUUGACCACUGCCUUAAAAAAAAAA